GGGGUGUGGAGAAAAGAAGUCGUCUUGAAGAGAGGGAGAAGUGGAAGAAGACACGCUGCUGAGGGAGAAAAGGCUCAGAUACACUGCGCUUAAUCAUCAAGGCUGAAAUAAGGAGACUUGUCUGCACAAACUGUGACGCAGACGAAACCAAACGCGCUCUUUUAUCUACAUUUCUUUUGGAAGGAAUAGUUGACUUUUUUUUUUUUUUAGAGAUUGUUACACUUUUUUUUUGCGUUGGUGUUGCACAGGUGUGCCUUUUGGACCGUGCAUAAUUUGGGAGAGUUGACUAUUGCCAGGAUGCGCGCCUGUCCUAUGCUAGCCUUCCUCUGUCUGCUGUGCGCCGGACGCGCUCAGAAGUUCUCCGCUCUUACGUUCCUGCGGGUGGAUCAGGAUAAGGAGUGCAACAUGGAAUGUAGUGGAGCUCCUCGCAAACCUCUGUGUGCCUCCGACGGCAGGACCUUCACAUCUCGCUGCGAGUUCCUUCGAGCCAAGUGCCGCGACCCCCAGCUUGAGGUCAUCCGAGGGCCAUGCAAAGAUACGUCCAGAUGCGUAGCAGAGAAGAAGUACACCGAACAGCAGGCCAAGAAGCUAUUCCCUCAGGUCUUUGUGCCUGUAUGCAACCCUGAUGGCACAUAUAGUGAGGUUCAAUGUCACAGCUACACUGGAUACUGUUGGUGUGUCACCCCCAAUGGCCGACCUAUCAGUGGCUCAGCAGUGGCCAAUAAAAAGCCUCGCUGCCAAGGAUCAAAACAAGAGAGAGCGACCACACGGGAGCCAGGAAAAGAUGAAACGGGCCUAGUGGUGGAUCCACAACCACCUACAGAUGAAGAAGACAUCAUUUCCCAGUACCCCACUCUGUGGACGGAGCAGGUCCGCAGCCGACAGAACAAUAGAACCAGAGCACCAUCCUCAUCCUGUGACCAAGAACAACAGUCUGCUCAAGAGGAAGCAAGGCAGCACAAGAACGAUGCUGUAUUUGUUCCCGACUGUGCCCAAGGUGGACUGUACAAGCCAGUCCAGUGCCACCCCUCCACCGGCUACUGUUGGUGUGUCCUGGUAGACACAGGACGACCUAUACCUGGCACCUCCACCAGGUAUGAGCAGCCAAAAUGUGACGGCAACGCCAGGGCCCACCCAACCAAACCAAAGGACCACUACAAAAGUCGGCAUCUUCAAGGCUGUCCUGGCGCAAAGAAAACAGAGUUCCUGACAAGUGUUCUUGACGCGCUGUCGACGGACAUGGUGCACGCUGUCACAGAUCCAGCAUCCGCCGGAAAAGUGGUGGAGCCCGACCCCAACCACACCCUCGAGGAGAGGGUGGUCCACUGGUAUUUUGGUCAGCUGGAUAAAAACUCCAGCGGCGACAUUGGGAAAAAGGAAAUCAAGCCAUUCAAACGCUUCCUGCGCAAGAAAUCUAAGCCCAAGAAGUGUGUGAAGAAGUUUGUGGAAUACUGCGACAUCAGCAAUGACAAAGCACUGUCCCUGCAGGAGCUCAUGGGCUGCUUGGGGGUGACCAAGGAAGAAGGGGCCAAAACAGGAGAAGGCUUAUCUUCCAGUAAACUUCAUCCAUCGAAGAAACAAGGCUAAAACAUCAGCUGAGAUUCUGCCCUCACCAAUCGGCGAUAACAGAAACAAUAGUAUUUGCACUUUGUACUUUAAUAAAAAUGUAAAUUCACUUUGUAGAAAUAAGGUAUUUAAACAGACUGCUGAAUCUGUGAAUGUUGUAGUUAUUAGCUCCUUGUGUCCUGAUGAUUAAACACAUACAAUGUAUGUGUCCUUUUGAGUUGUACAAGUUCUUCAUGUUUGAUAUUUCACAUUGUGCUUUUUUUCUCUGUGGACUCUUUUCCGCUUGUGUUGAUAACUUAAAAGGGGAACUGCACUUCAUUUGGAAUUUUGCCUUUCAUUCACAAUCCACAUAUGUUUUUUUUAGUGCAUUCCAACUCACUUCCAGCAAAAGUCCCCUAACAUUGGAGUCAACGGGAUUCGCUCUAUUCCGCCUAUAAAAGGCUCUAAAAACCAUUCAAACAACUCCAUCAUUGUUUUAUAUACAAGGUGUAAGUAUAUAUGUAAUGUAGAGUUGUACGGUAUACCGGUAUUGGUAUAGUACCACGAUACUAAUGAAUCAUUUUUGGUACUAUACGGUCUCUGAAACGUACCGGUCCCGCCGCCCCCGCCCUGCGCCCGCGUCGAAGUCACGUCGUGACAUUGCUGGUUUACGAGCAGACGAGCAUGUUCGGCAACACACAAUCACGGAGUACUUACAAGCAGACAGAAUAGGGAGAAUUGACGCAUUUUGGCUUAAAAACUAACACUUUAGGACUUUAGGACAUGGCUAGCGAGCUAGCGGCUAAAGUCCAGCCCCAGUCGGCAGUGUUUUAGCGAUUUCUAAAUCACUAAUACUCGCCUUCAUGGCAACAAAUAAAGUACAUUUCUUACAAGUAUCAUCCCUGCAGUACAAGGAAUAGCUAAAUAUGCUUCACUACACACCGUAGCUCACCGGCAUCAAAAUGUAAACAAACGCCAUUGAUGGAUCUACACCUAACAUCCACUGUAAUGAUAUCAUGUACAGGCAUGUAUCUGGUCAAUACUACUAUGAUUACGUCGAUAUUUUUUGGCAUCACAACAUCUUCUUUCGUUUUUUAAAAUGUAUAUUAUGUUUAUAAACUCAGGAAAUAUGUCCCUGGACACAUGAGGACUUUGAAUACGACCAGUGUAUGAUCCAGUAACUACUUGGUAUCGGAUUGAUACCCAAAUUUGUGGUAUCAUCCAAAACUAAUGUAAAGCAUCAAACAACAGAAGAAUAAGAGAUUAUUACAUUUUAACAGAAGUGUAGACAGAACAUGUUAAAAGAGAAAGUAAGCAGAUAUUAACAGUAAAUGUCAAAGUCCUCCUGGUAAGAGUCUCUGUUGUCCCAGGCCAAUGGUAAAGCUUGACUGUCAUCGUUCGAGAAUGUAAACAAUGAAACACCGGCUAAGUGUUUGUGUUGCUGCAGCCGGCCGCUAAUACACCGCUUCCCACCUACAGCUUUCUUCUUUGCUAUCUCCAUUGUUCAUUAAACAAAUUGCAAAAGAUUCACCAACACAGAUGUCCAGAAUACUGUGGAAUUUUGCGAUGAAAACAGACGACUUAAUAGCUGGCCACAAUGGUGUCCCAAAAUGUCCGCUACAAUUCGUGACGUCACGCGCAAACGUCAUCAUACCGAGACAUUUUCGGCAGGAUAUUUCGCGGGAAAUUUAAAAUUGCACUUUACUAAUCUAACCCGGCCGUAUUGGCAUGUGUUGCAAUGUUAAAAUUUCAUCAUUGACAUAUAAACUAUCAGACUGCGUGGUCGGUAGUAGUGGGUUUCAGUAGGCCUUUAAUAAUGUUGACAAAAUAAUAGAAUGAUAAACGAUACAAUAUGUUACUGCAUACGUCAGCAGACUAAUUAGGAGCCUUUUUUUGCUUACUUACUACUAAAAGACAAAUUGUCUAGUAUGUUCACUAUUUUAUUUAAGGACUUAACUGCAAUAAGAAACAUGUUUAAUGUAUCCUAAGAUUUUUUGUUAAAAUAAAGCCAAUAAUGCAAUUUUUUUGUGGUCCCCUUUAUUUAGAAAAGUAUCGAAAUAAUUUUAGUACUGGUACCGGUACCAAAAUAUUGGUAUUGUUACAACACUAAUGUAAUGUAGUAACAGGCACAUUCGGAAUUACCGGUACAUGUCAUAUUUACAUACUUUUUAUCAUUUUAAUCGUAUACAUUUCACAGACGCAUCACAAUGUUCGUUUUUUCCUUCAACAACAACACUACUACUUACGGCAGACUUGUGAGAAACAAUAAAGACUACUUUGGAACAAAUGAUGAUCCAGAACCUUAUAUUAUUAAGCCUAAAUAUAAGGAGGAGGAUUCAUAAGUUUUAGAAGCUGUUUGCUAAACAGAUCCGGAUUUAGUGAAACAGGCAUCACAUA